CCCCAAAGGGCGUAUUUACAUUGACCAAUUAAAAUGCGGACACGAGUAAAAGGUGAUUUAAUUGUUUGAUUUUACGCACUGUUUCCCGGGAUACUUAGCGCCAAUUAGCAGAUAGUUUAAAUUCUUUAGCAAACAACUUUAGGUACGGGAAAAGUACGGUAACUUAUUUGGAAGAAGACUUUGAAAAGGCUGAGAACUAACAGAAAGAGAAAAGAAAGAAAAAUAUAAAACAAUAAUAAAGGAGAACUCUACUGCAUGCUGCCUUUCACUAACUACAACUCCCAGCAUGCCCUGACACAACCUUUCACUGACAUUCCCGGUUGGAUUACAGUCAGUCAGGGUCUGGUUAGGGGACUAGUUAGUAGGCUGCUCCCAUGUCUUCUCCGCCUCUAUCCUGACAUUCCGGCCCGGGAUUAGUCAGUCAGUGUGUGUGGAGCAGGGAGGAAGUGACACCGCUCUGCUCCGUCUCCUGUGCCCUGGAUGUGAGGCUUCUCUCGGACUGUGGAUCUAUAGCCGGAGCCCGGGAUGGGACGCUGGGAUGUGUGGAGCCCGGGGAGGCGGGUGCUGGCGCUGCUUCUCUUCAUACAGAUCUCUCACUGUUCCAGAGUUUUGGAUGAGGUAUAUUUCCCAGAGAAUGAGGCCGAGACACGACCAGGAUCACAUCGAUGGGGUUAUGGGGACCUGGGUGAUGAUGAAGACUUUAUGGCAGAUGAAGCAUCUGGAGAUGACCGCGGCAGCAGUGAGAUCGGCAGCGGCCUCCCCGAAACCGAAGGAUUCCCAACCGUCUCAACCUCAACCAUCACCUCCUUCUCUACAGGGUCUGUGGUGACCCCCUUAGCUCCACAGUUGGCACGUAUGAGUGUCUCUGAACUGGACCAAGAACCGUUCCUGAUUUAUUACAGAGCUCUGGUGAAUUUCACGACAUCUAUAGAAUACACGCCAGACCUGGACAAUGUCUCCUCCGAUCAGUUCCGGGAUUUGUCAGAGGCCAUUGUGGACACGCUCGAGUCCGAAUAUUACAAAAUCCCUGGAGAGCAAAUGGUUAACGUUGUUUAUGUCAAGGUCAUCGAGGGCUUUGUGUUUGUGGAGAUGGAUGUUGGAUCGGAGGGUAACACCAAUGAUGCUCAGAUUCGCCAGGUCUUGUACUCUGUCAUCGCCAGCGGCUCAAUUGCGAAUUAUGUCACCUCCCCUGAGGGCUUCCAGUUCCGUCGUCUCGGAGCCGUCACCCCUUCAUUGCGCGUCUGCCUCUCCAACGAGUUCACCUGUAAGAACGGCGAGUGCAUCCUCCUGGAAUAUCGGUGCGAUCAGCGUCACGACUGUCGCGACAUGUCUGAUGAGGAAGGAUGUGUGGAACCCGUGACGUGCGGAGACGACGAGUUCGCUUGCGCCAGCGGGGAUUGUAUUCCCAGAGUGUAUUACUGCGAUGGCCGCCCUGAUUGCCCGGACUCUUCGGACGAGAACGCUUGUGAUGCCCCGGGACCAGUGAUCACCAGUCCGACUGUUACUAGGAGACCAGUUAUUACCCCGCGACCUCCCACCACCCCCUCUCCCCCCAUUUAUACAAGACCCCAAGUUAUUUCCACCACGCCAUUCAAGCGCACGACUCCCAAGCCUCCGAUAGAUCCUGCCCGUCCUUGUCGGAGAGAAGAGGCUCGAUGCCCGAAUGGUCAGUGUAUUCCUCGGGACUAUCUGUGUGACGGAGAACGGGACUGUAAGGACGGCAGUGAUGAGUUCAACUGCGGAACUCCCUCUCCAUGUGAGCCCAAUGAGUUUAAGUGUCGGAACGGUCGCUGCGCCCUGAAGCUCUGGCGAUGUGAUGGCGACAACGACUGUGGAGACGGAUCUGAUGAAACAAACUGCCCCACCAAAGGGCCGAGUGACAUGUGCGCCCCCGAUCAGUUCGUCUGUGUUCAGUCUCGGAACUGUAUCCCGGCCAGUUACCAGUGUGACGAGGAAGCAGACUGCCCCGACCGAUCCGAUGAGAUUGGCUGCAGUCCACCACAGGUGAUUACACCCCCUGAGGAGAGCAUCAUGGCUACCCGUGGAGAGACCGUACGCUUUACUUGUGUGGCAAUUGGCAUCCCGACGCCCAUCAUAACCUGGAGAUUAAACUGGGGUCACAUCCCCACUAGCAGCAGGGUGUCAAUGACCAGCGAGAACGGACACGGCACGCUCAUCAUUCGAGACGUGAAGGAAGCAGAUCAAGGCGCUUACACGUGUGAAGCCAUUAACGCUAAGGGCAUGGUGUUUGGAAUCCCCGAUGGGGUCUUGUCCUUGAAGCCAUCUCAAGGUCUCUGCUCUGAAGGCUUCUUCCGCGUGGACGGCACCUCCCAGUGCAUUCCUUGCUUUUGCUUUGGCAUCGCCAAGGUUUGCCAUCAGACGGGCCGCUACAGAAACCAGAUCAGACUCCGAUUUGACGUUGAAGAUGACUUUAAAGGGGUGAAUGUGUCGUCUCCUCAGGGAUUUCCUCCAUUAUCCUCAAAUCAACUACAAAUAGACCCAAGUGUGGAAGAAUUUCAGCUGGUCGACCUGUCUCGCAGAUUCCUGAGUCAAGACUCCUUCUGGCUGCUGCCAUCGCAGUUCUUGGGGAACAAGGUGGACUCCUAUGGAGGUUCCCUCCGAUUUAAGGUUCGCUACGGCCUGACGCGAGGCCAGUCAGAGCCUGUGAGGAAGCCCGAUGUGGUUAUUAUUGGAAAUGGACAGAAACUUAUCUAUCGGGUUCAGUCGUCGACCCAGCCGGCCGUGGUGAACCAGCGGAUGGUGCAGUUCACAGAGGAAAACUGGCAACAUGAGUCUGGUGCAGCUGUCACCCGCGAGGACCUCUUGGUGACUCUCCAGAAUGUGGAAGCCAUCAUGAUUCAGACAGUUUAUGACAACAAAAUGGCGAGUGUGGGGUUGGCGGACAUCGUCAUGGACACGACUUCCGUGGAGUACACACAGCUGGGGGUAGCCCUAGGUGUCGAGGAGUGCAAAUGUCCCUUUGGCUACUCCGGCCUCUCCUGUGAGACCUGCUCCCCACAGUUUGAACGCAUUCCCGGGGGACCUUUCCUGGGCACUUGUACCGGAUGCAAUUGUAAUGGCCAUGCCAGCUCCUGCGACUCUGAGAAUGGCUACUGCAUAAAUUGCCAGCACAACACUGAAGGUCCACAGUGCAAUAAGUGUAAGCCAGGCUUCUUCGGAGAUCCCACCAGAGGAACCGCAGAUGCUUGUCGACCCUGCCCCUGCCCGCUCAUGGACCCCCGGCGCAGGUAUUCAGACACUUGCUUCUUAGACACUGACGGACAGCCGACCUGUGAUAACUGUAUAGAGGGCUACACCGGGCGGCGGUGUGAGAGGUGUGCGGUGGGAUAUGAAGGAGACCCCAUGAAGCCUGGAGGCCGCUGUGUGGAGACUACUGCUGGCGAUACGGGGAUAUGUGAUCAGCGAGGCAGCGCCGUGUCGUCUCCUAAUACUUGUGUGUGUAAGCCCCAAGUCUCAGGAAAGUUGUGCAACGAAUGUAAAAGUGGAACCUUCUACCUCAGUGACAAAAACCCAGAGGGCUGCCUGAAAUGCUUCUGCAUGGGGGUGACCCGGGAGUGCUCCAGUUCUUAUUGGAACAGAGACCAGGUCCAUGCCACCUAUGACAGUCACGAGAGGGCGCCCUUUUCCAUCUCCGCCGCCGCAUCCAGUAGCCGAACGUUCAGCGAGGGCAUCAGUGUGACCGGUCCUUCAGAGCUGACGUUCAGCGCCUUCAAUAGUAUCCCCCCGGAUGUAUAUUUCUGGGUCCUACCAGAGAGAUUCAAGGGAGACAAGGUGACGUCAUAUGGUGGAGAUCUGCGCUAUACCAUCACGUAUGAAGCCCAUCCGGGGGCCCCGACCCUGGACACCCAGCCGCACGUCGUUUUGCAGGGCAAUGGAAUCUUCCUGGAACAUUCUGCAAACAUUCAGACCCCUCCCGGUUUCCCCAUCACGAUCACCGUUCCUUUCCGUGAGAGUUCGUGGCGCCGGACAGACGGUCAGGAUGCCACCCGUGAACACCUGCUAAUGGCGCUCGCAGAUAUUGAUGUCUUGAUGAUCCGGGCGUCCUAUGCGGAGAGGAUGAUUGAGAGCAGAAUCUCCAAUAUCCACAUGGACAUUGCGGUGCCUCACUCCACGGGACUGCCACCAGCGGUAGAGGUGGAAAAGUGCGCAUGCCCAGUCGGGUACACAGGACCAUCCUGCCAGGACUGUGACAUUGGUUAUACCCGCUCCACCAGUGGUCUUUACCUGGGCACCUGCGAGCUCUGUCGUUGUGGCGGCCACUCCACGGAGUGUGAUGGAGAAACCGGAGAAUGCCUGAACUGCCAACACAACACUGAGGGAUCCAAGUGCGAGCGCUGCAAACCCGGCUUCUAUGGAGACCCCAGACGUGGAAGUCCCGGAGACUGCCAGCCUUGCCCAUGUCAGGGCACAUCCAGCCAGUACUACGGCACGUGCUUCCUGGACUCGGACGGUCAGCCCACGUGUGACUCCUGUCCCGCUGGGUAUGUGGGGCGGCAGUGUGAGAGGUGUGCACCUGGUUACAGAGGAGACCCCACACGAGGACAGCCCUGCACAGCCGGUUCCGGCCCCGGUCCCAGUACCGGCUGUCAGUGCGACCUGAGGGGCAGCAUCAGUAACACCUGUGACUCCCGGCGCCAAUGCCCGUGUAAGUCUCACGUGGAGGGUCUUUCAUGCAGCACCUGCCGACCAAAUCACUUCUACCUCAAUGCAGACAAUCCCGAUGGCUGUUUGCCCUGCUUCUGUAUGGGGGUGACCCAGCAAUGCUCCAGCUCCACCUAUCACCGCGAACUGAUCACCAGCCCAUUCCUGCCCGGAAACUUCCAGAACUUCGCCCUGGUGAACCGCCAACACAGCGUCCGUAUCACCACCGGAUUCGUUGUGGAGAUGUCCACCCAGGGGCCACAGCUAUCGUACCGACAAUUUGACCAGCUGGGGCAGGAAUCCUUCUACUGGCAGCUUCCAGAGAACUACCAGGGGGAUAAGGUGACGUCUUAUGGUGGAACGCUCCGCUACACGCUGACCUACACAUCCGGGAUCCGGGGAUCGCCGCUGCCUGAUGCUGACGUGCAGAUCACAGGUAAUGACAUCACCUUGGUGGCAUAUCAGACUGAACUGCGCCCCCGUGAGAGCAAAACUUUUGAGAUUGCAUUCAGAGAGAGCCAGUGGAAGCGUCCAGAUGGGCAGCAGGCAACACGAGAGCAUCUGAUGAUGGCGUUGGCGGAUCUAGAUGAGAUUCUUAUACGGGCAUCCUACUCCACAGACAUGAUAUCUGCGGGCAUUACUGCAGUGAGCAUGGAGACAGCUGGGCCCUCAUACACCAGCCUGCCGCAGGCCCUGGAGGUGGAGGAGUGCCGCUGCCCUCCAGGCUACAGAGGAUUGUCCUGCCAGGACUGUGCCCCCGGCUACACCCGUACUGGAGGAGGCCUGUACCUCGGACACUGCGAGCCCUGUGACUGUAAUGGACACUCGGAGACUUGUCACCCAGAGAGCGGUGUCUGCUCGAACUGUUUGCACAACACGGCCGGCGAUUUCUGUGGCAAGUGCGCGCCUGGAUUCUAUGGCGAUGCCACAGCGGGAACCCCAGAGGACUGUCAGCCCUGUGCAUGCCCACUAAGUGACCCAGAGAACCAGUUUUCUAAGACCUGUGAUACAGAUGGUGCUGGUGGCUACAGGUGCACGGCCUGCCCCCUAGGGUACACAGGGCAGUACUGCGAGAGGUGCGCUCCAGGGUACACCGGUAACCCCAGCAUCCGUGGGCAAAAAUGUGUCCCAGAGGACAGACGAUCAAACUUCAUUGUCAGGAUCCAACCUGAGAAGAAAACAGUGGCCGCGGGUGGUGAAGCGAGUCUCAGGUGCCAAGGAAGUGGGGACCCUCCUUAUUACUACUUCUGGUCACGGGAAGAUGGACGACCUAUUCCUGCAACCACUCAACUGAGGGAUAGAGGCGAGAUCCUGCACUUCCCCAGCCUGCAGACCUCCGACUCUGGAGUCUAUAUCUGUACCUGCCGCAACUAUCAGUAUGUGAACACCAGCAGAGCCGAGAUCAUUGUCCAAGGCAUUUCCAUUAGGCCCAUCUCUGUGACUGUGGAGGAGCAGAGGGUCCAGAGAGUCCGGCAGGGCUCAGACGUCACCUUCAUAUGUACAGCCAAGAGCACGUCCCCAGCUUACACCUUGGUGUGGACCCGUCAGAACAACGGUAACCUGCCAGAGAGAGCGAUGGACUUCAAUGGCAUCCUGACGAUCCGUAAUGCGCAGCCAGAAGACGCCGGCAUUUACAUCUGCACCGGAUCCAAUAUGUUUGACAUGGACGAGGGCAAUGCAACGCUCCAUGUUCAAGAGGCCUCCCACACCCAGAUGUACUAUGGACCUUUCGAAACCAUGGAAGGACACAGACCGUCUGGAGCAGGGCUCCCUCCUGUCGCUGUCAUUGAACCCAGGCAGCUGAGCGUCCAGCAGGGUCAGCCGGCAGAGUUUCACUGCACAGCCACCGGGAACCCAACACCUGUAGUGGAAUGGACAGGUGGCCCCAAUGGAGGGAUGUCAUCAAGGGCCAGCAUCUAUGGUGGUGUCCUGCGCUUCUCAUCCACCCAGCUCUCAGACGAGGGGCAGUAUACCUGCCGGGUGCACAAUACUUUCGGGCAGCACAUCGCCAGGGCUGAUCUUCGGAUUCAUAGUGGAAAUCUGCCGGACGUCCAGGUGAGCCCCGAGCGGACAGAGGUCAGAGAAGGGGACACUGCACGGCUGUACUGUAGAGCUCUCGGCAGUCCCACUCCAACAAUCUCCUGGAAGAAGCAAGAUGGCAUCCUACCUCCUCAGGCCCUCACCUCUCUUGGUUUCCUUCAUUUUCGAAGCAGCAGCCUGGAAGCUAUCCAGAGGCGGAUUCAGGAGCUGCAGGCUCGCGAAGAGAGGAGAGAUAUUGCCACACUUCUGAUCCCAUCAAUAACAACAGCGGAUGCUGGAACAUACCUGUGCGUUGGCACCAACUCUGCGGGGUCCUCUCAGCGUCAGAUAGAAGUGAUUGUAGUGAAAGCUUCUCCUGCUGCUCCGCUCCUGAGGAUUGAGCCAUCAUCUGACACUGUGCUGGAAGGACAAAGUGUGGAACUGAACUGCAUAGUUGCCGCUUAUCCGCAGGCUACAGUUACAUGGCACAGGCCUGACCGCCCUCUGUCACCCAAUCACCAGGUCUAUGGCUCCCGUCUGCGCAUACUACAAGCCUCAUCAGAUGACUCUGGGGAAUAUAUCUGCCGGGUCACUAACGGAGCUGGAACACAACAAGCAUCAAUCGUAAUCACAAUUAACCGCAUCCCCAUCUCUUCAGAAAACGUACCUUCACUUAGGAUUGAGUCAUCCUCAGGCUCAUUGGUAGAAGGGCAGACUCUGGAGCUCGACUGCCAAGUGGCUGGUUAUGCCGGGGCAGAGGUCACUUGGUACAGGCCGGGUAUUCCUCUCUCACCAAACCAUCAGGUGAUUGGUUCACGUCUGAGGAUCCUCCAAGCAUCUGUGGCCGACUCUGGAGAGUACAUCUGUCGUGUAACCUCUGGCACAACCACUCAGCAGGCCUCAACCUUUGUCACUGUGACUCGCAUUUCUGGUGACCCCUCAGGCUUGGCCCCGACUCUGCGGAUUGAGCCCUCCUCUAACACUGUGGCAGAAGGUCAAACCCUUGAACUAAACUGUGUGGUCUCCGGGCCACAACAAGCUUUGGUCACCUGGCACAGAAAGGGUCAGCCCCUCUCCCCCAACCACCAGGUGCUGGGUUCUCGUCUGCGGAUCCUUCAGGCCUCUGUGGCAGAUUCUGGCGAGUAUAUCUGCCGUGUCCUCUCUGGAACAGUCACCCGCCAGGCAACCAUCACAGUCACUAUUAGUCAUGCCAUUGGCCCAGUUCAUACCGGUAUCACACCAACCAUCCGCGUUGAGUCUCCAACUAACGCUUUGUCAGAGGGACAAACUGUAGUCCUGAACUGUGUGGUGGAAGGACAGGCCUAUCAGGAGGUGUCAUGGUACAGACAAGGGCAGCCGCUGUCCAACAACCAUCAGGUUUCUGGCUCACGGUUGCGCAUUCUUAACGCUUCCCCCCGGGACUCUGGUGAAUACAUCUGCCAGGUGAGCGGCACCUCCGGGAUCCAGGCGGCUUCUAUCACUGUCUCUAUUGAAGGUUCCAGGCACAACACUGGCGACUCAGGUGCUAUAAGGAUUGAACCUUCUUCACAGACUGUAGAGGAAGGUCAGAAUCUUGAUCUGAGCUGCUUGAUUGAGGGGAUCUCUGGCCAUUCAGUGACAUGGCAUCGGUCCAGUGGGCGUCCGCUAAGUCCUAAUCAUCAGGUUGCAGGACCACGAAUGCGAAUUAAUAAAGCCACUGUGUCAGAUUCUGGCGAGUUCAUCUGCCGUGUGAACACAGGCUCUGGUAUCCAAGAAGCUGUUAUCAUGGUUAUUGUACAGCGUUCAUCUCAAGUGCCUGCAAACUUCCCCACGCCCAUUGUCAUCGAGAAGAGUCCUGGGCCAGUAUCAGAGGGUCAGACUGUGGAUCUAAACUGUGCAGUCAUCGGAAAUCCGGAUGCUGCAGUUACCUGGAUGCGCCCGGCGGCAAGCUUCUCCUCAAAUCACCAGAUUUAUGGCUCUCGCUUACGCAUUGUCCAGGCAUCGAGUGCGGACUCCGGGGAGUACGUGUGCCGCUACAGCACUCCGUCUGGCAUACUGAAGGCUUCCAUCAUCAUCCACGUUAAUCCCGGAGCCCAGAAAGUUUACCGUCUCGAUACUCCAGUCAUCUCCAUCAAUCCACCCAGUGCCACCGUUCGCCAGGGGGAAAAUGCUACCUUUAAAUGCCACGUCCACAAGGGAGCCCAGCCUGUACGCAUAACAUGGAAGAUGGGGCAGAAUCAGCCCCUGCAAGAUAAUGUUUACAUCAGCUCCAAUGGCUCAAUCCUUACUGUAGUGGGGGCCCAUCACAAGAACCAAGGGUCGUACCGCUGCAUGGCCUCCAAUGCCUACGGGGCGGUGGACAGCGCGGUCACCCUGGUGGUGGAAGGACGCCCCACUGUGUCUGUGAUUCCACAAGGACCAGUCAAGGUGAACGUGGGAGAAACAAUUUAUGUGGAGUGUUCAGGAAUGGGAGACCCUCGGCCUGUUGUCAGCUGGCGUCGUACCGGGUCUAGACAGAUAAUCCAGCAACAGCAACAUGCUCCCCUGGACAGUCACGCAGUGCUACAGAUUCCAUCUGCCAAGCCAGAUGACUCUGGAUCAUACACCUGUGUUGGCCACAACCCAGCUGGUUCUACCCAGGUCCAUGUGGACGUGAUAGUUGAAGGCAGGACAUCAAAGCCAAGUGCUCCUGUAGCCAUAGCGGAGCAGUCUGUGCAUGUGACUCUGGCUGGAGAGACAGCCACGCUGAGAUGUUCUGCUGCAGGAAACCCGACUCCAACCAUAACAUGGUCCAAGCUCCGAGCGCCAUUACCAUGGCAGCACCAGAUAGUGAACAAUAGCCUGGUUAUCCCGAGAGUCGCUCAACAGGACUCCGGACAGUACAUUUGCAAUGCCUCCAACACUGAUGGAUACUCUGAGGUCUUCAUAACCCUGGAUGUGGAAAAUCCACCGUAUGCCACCACCCUCCCCGAUGAGCUGUCUCUCAGUGUUGGAGAACCCAUCCGGUUGCAGUGUCUGGCCCAUGGCACUCCACCGCUCAAAUUCCAAUGGACUAAAGUGAAUGGUUCUCUUACGAGCUCAGCUGAGGUGCGUGAUGGCGUCUUACACAUCAGUCAGGCUGCAACCACGGAUGCUGGCACCUACCGCUGUGUGGUCAGUAAUAAAGUUGGAGAAAAUGAGGCCUUAACCCAGAUCAGUGUUAUAGCUCCAUUUUCUGUACGGGUCUCACCUCAGAUAGACACCAAGGCAGUAAGCGACACAGCAGAGUUCACCUGCACUGUUAUCGGAGAUCCUCGGGCAAGACUCCAGUGGAUUAAAGAGGGAGGAGAGCUUCCAGCCAAUCACAAAGUGGACAACACGGUUCUCCGGAUUUCUAAUUUGGAACGCGGAAAUGAAGGCGUCUAUACGUGCAGAGCACUCAGCAGAUUCGGUCAAGCCCAAGAUAGCGUAAAGCUGGUUGUACAAGUGCUGCCGAAAGUCAGGAUUAACAUCCGCACCUCAGUGCAAACCGUCCUGGCAGGAAACUCUGUGGAGUUUGAGUGUCUGGCCAUUGGAGAUCCUCAAGCCAAAGUCACUUGGAGCAAGGUGGGAAGUCGUCUACCGAGUGAUGCUAUUAUAAACGGAGGCAUGCUGAAGAUUGACCAGGUGAAGCAGUCCGAUGCCGGGCAGUACCGCUGUACAGCAACAAAUGAUGUGGGGGAGGUACAAUCUCAUGUCAUCCUCCAUGUGCAGUCCGUGCCGCAGAUUGCCGCUCAGCCGGAGAUGAAGGAGAUCACCACUGGAUCCACCGCUGUAUUCCCGUGUCUGGCAUCUGGAUUUCCGGUGCCUGAAAUCACAUGGACAAAGCUGGAGGGAGACCUCCCCAGUGAUGCUCGGAUUGAGAACAACGUUCUGACCAUCCUUUCUGUGAAGCCUGAAGAUGCUGGGACCUAUGUGUGCACUGCAGCCAAUCGCCAGGGCAGAGUCACCGCAUUCUCCAUGCUAAAAGUUCGAGAGAGAGUUGUGCCUUACUUCACAGGCCAUGCCCAGUCUUACCUCACCCUGCCAAGCAUGAAAGAUGCCCACAAGAAGUUUGAAAUAAAGAUCACCUUCCGCCCAGACUAUGCUGAUGGAAUGCUAGUCUACAGCGGACAGAAGAAAAGCAAAGGAGCCGAUUUCAUGUCCUUUGGCCUUGUAGGAGGACGUCCAGAAUUCAGAUUCGACGCAGGUUCAGGGAUGGCGACAAUCCGUUAUCCAAUACCCAUUAGUCUGGGUGAGUUCCAUACUGUGACCCUCUAUAGAAAUCUGAACCAAGGAUCCCUGGUUGUGGAUAACCAGACACCUGUGAACGGCACCUCCCAGGGUAAAUUCCAAGGUCUGGACCUUAACGAAGAGCUGUAUCUCGGAGGUUAUCCAAACUUUGAGGCCUUGUCAAAGACAGACCUGAAAAGAGGGUUUGUGGGCUGUGUCCGCCAGCUGGUCAUCCAGGGUGAGGAGGUCAUCUUCAAGGACCUGGAUCUAAAAGCUAAAGACAUCUCCAACUGCCCGACCUGUAGAGACCGACCUUGCAAGAACAGAGGAAUUUGCCGGGAUUCAGAGAGCAGCAGUUAUGUCUGUGAUUGUCCUCCUGGUUUUGCCGGAAGCAACUGUGAACAUUCCCAGGCUCUACAUUGUCAUCCAGGUGCUUGUGGACAUGAAGGCACCUGCAUCAACCGUGCAGAUGGGACCGGAUACACAUGUCGAUGUCACCUGGGCCAAUCUGGAGAAAAAUGCAUGGAUGGUGUCAUGGUAAACACUCCUUCAUUCAAUGGAGAAACCUCUUAUAUCUCGUACCCCGCUCUCACCAUCAUCCACAAUGAUCUGAAAGUAGACCUGGAAUUCAAGCCCCUGGCUCCAAACGGACUCAUAUUCUUCAGUGGCGGGAAAGGCGCUCCUGUGGAAGACUUUGUGUCACUAACCAUGGCUGGGGGUCAUCUUGAAUUCCGCUAUGAACUGGGAUCAGGGUUGGCCAUUUUACGUAGUGCUGAUCCUGUUACCCUGGGACAGUGGCACAAAGCAUCUGCUGAGAGAAUCCAUAAGGAUGGGACGCUUCAAAUUGACAAUGCACCACCUGUAAAGAGGUCUUCUCCUGGAAAGAGCCUUGGCCUCAACUUGAAGACCCUGAUGUACCUGGGGGGUGUGGACGGUUCUGUGACCCUCCCUGAUGCUGUCAACUUCACACAGCCGUACCAGGGCUGCAUUGGAGAAGUUUCCAUAAAUGGCAAGAAAGUGGACAUUUCGUACAGUUUUAUAGAAAACCACAGUAUCAGUCAGUGCUAUGACAGUUCUCCCUGUGACCGCAUGCCUUGUCUGCAUGGAGGUCGUUGCAUGCCAACUGGAGAGUACGAGUACCAGUGCCUCUGCCGCAAUGGAUUUAAAGGUGAUCGAUGUGAAUCACAUGAGGAUCAGUGCCGUGUCCACAAUCCCUGCAUCAAUGGUGGCACUUGCAAGGAGAACAAAUGUCACUGCCCAGAAGGUUUCUCAGGAACAUACUGUGAGCGAGGAGCAGCAGCGACAAAUCUGGAUGACGGCAUGCGCGAAGGGAGUGGGGGGAACGAUGCUCCAGGAGUUUACGGAUCCUCCUUCUCCGGUGACUCUUAUAUUGUUCUACCAAGGCAAACAUUUCCCAGGAGUCGACCAGACUCUCCAGAAAGCAUUGAGUUGGAGCUACGGACCACGUCCACCGAUGGUGUGAUCCUGUGGCAGGGAAUGGAAGGCUUGUGGCUGGAGCAUGCCCUGCUUGAUACUAACCAGGAGGAGAAAGAACAAGGUAGAGAGCGGGAUUUCAUCAGCCUAGGGCUGCGGGGCGGACAUCUCUUGUUCAGUUACCAGCUAGGAAGCGGUGAGGCCAAUAUCAUGACCGAGGACCCCAUCAAUGAUGGAGAAUGGCACAAAAUCACUGCCAUCCGUGAGGGAAAGGCCGGUUCAGUCCACAUUGAUGGCGAGGAAGUGAUCACUGGAAGCGCACCAGGCAAAAAUAUAAUGGUGGACACGAAGAGCAAAGUCUAUCUGGGUGGGGCGCCCAAUGUGAAGCUGAUGACAGGAGGGAAGUUCUCCGCUGGUAUUACAGGAUGCAUCAAAAACUUGGUACUUGUAAAUGCCCGACCAUCUCACCAGCUUCACCAGCCUAUCGACCUGAAGCACCAGUCAGAGACGGCGCACCACACCAGAGAGUGCCCAUCCUAGGUGAGGGCCAGAGGCUUUCCUGACAGUCAAAAAGCCUGGGGCAAAAGCAAAAAGACUAUUAAAACAAAGAAAAGACAGUGUCAAAAUAUGGAGUCUAAAUAUACAAGGUGCUUCUGCUGCUACCAAAAAAAAAAAAACAAGAGGUGGUGCUAACGAAAAGUAUUUGGAUUGCGCAUUUCUAUAUUACCUACACGGAAUCUCUUUCUUUUUAAUUAUUUUUUUUAAUGUCUUCAGAUUUCCAUGUGUUUUACUGCUGGAUGAAGGAAAUUUGUAUGUAUUGAACCAGAUGUAUGUUUUUUAAAAAGAAUCCCUAACCAAAAAACAAAAACAACUAACAAAAAGCAGAUGUGUUGACGUCACCUCUCUGACACCACCGCUCCUGGGUUUUUUGUAUCUACAUGUCACAGUAUUGGUGGUCUGGACCCCUAAGCAUUGGUGGGCCAGGGGGGGGGGACUCAUCAUGGGGUCCCUGCUCCGGAUACAAGAGCUAUAGGUGAAAAGUUCUGAACAGAGCAGCUUUCCUGUGGCCCUUACAUAUUUAUGUCAUUAGUAUAUUAGAACGGUCCAAGUCUUCCAGGUGAAUCCUCAUCAUUCCUCUCUGCCGUAUCUCUUUUCCUAUACUAAAUGCAGAAUAUACAUUGGUUCAUCAGUUCUGAGCAGCAUUUGUGUUCCCAGAACCAGCGUCCUGUCCCCCAGCCCUAUCAUUGCAGUCACAUCCACAGAUCGGUAUAACACUUCGCUCCCGUUGAGCACUUUUGCCCUGCAGGACGUGGCGGGCACCAGCCCUGUAUGAGCCGUGGAAGCUUUGUGUUACGUACAAUGUUACGUGGGGGGCCCUGCUUACUGGAAUCGAUGGGUUUAGGGUUUCUGGUCUUUCAAGACUAGUGGAAAUAAAAUAAAAAAUAAACUACUGGAGUAAAUUAUGAUAUGCACUGAGAGAAGCUACAGAUCAGUAUUCAGUCAUCAUGUUACAGGAAUUAUGUACACAUAUAUAGCCCUCCUUGUGCACUCAUUUUUAUAAAGAUGCCCCAGAACAUGUACAUAACCCCUUAUAGAGAGUUCAACUCCUGUAUGGGCCCCUAGAGGGCAGCAUAUGAUUCCAGGGGUCUACAAAUGUUUUUUUUUUUCCUGCCACCAAUGUUACCUUAGCUCAGAGCGCCUUCAGCUGUUGCAAAACUACAGCUAUCAGCAUGCACAGACUGGCAAAGGUUGCCCGGACAUGCUGGGAGUUAUAGUUCUGUAACAGCUGGAGGCACUCUGAUUGGGAAAUACUGACCUAAGACAGCAUAAGCUCCGGUCCUAGGUGAAGCAACAAACGAGACAAGCAAAGAAUCCAAAGCACCCAAUAAGUGCCCUACAUAGGACAAGUUUUCUACAAUAUGGAAUCCUACAUCUGAGCUGCGAUACUGGUGCUGUCAGGAGGGUCUAUGUACACCUGGUGGGGGGGCGUUGCGCGCAAAACAUGUUAUGUCGUCCUGUUACAUCAGUGCCUUGGGGG